UUGUGGCAUUUUAUUAUUGGUUGUGUUGUUGGAAUAUGUUUCUGUGAAUCAGUAGAGAAUUGGAAAUGCAUUUCUUAAUUUAAUUAGUAAUUAAUAAAAUAGUGCAAAGUAACAAAAAAAAGAAGAAUUAUUUUCUUAUUAGUGUACGAUAAUCACAAUAAAAAGGCUUUAAAAUGAACUACACAUGUUUAGCCUUAAAUGGUGUAAUAUCAGUGGGCGCCUAUUUAAUGGCCAUACGCAUAAUACCACGAUUUCGGGAAAUGUUUAUCAAGGCUAAUCUCUAUGGUAAAGAUUUGUGUAAAAAAGAUCAAACACAAGUGCCCGAAUCCUUGGGGGUUUUAAUUGGCUGCGUUUUUUUGGUGGCCAUGUUUUUAUUUAUACCCGUGCCUUUUACCUUAGAAGAUACAGCCGCCAUGGAUGUCACUACAGGAGGAAAACCUUCUACAUUUCCCCAUGAAGAAUUUGUUGAACUUAUUGUGGCCUUGCUGUCCAUUUGUUGUAUGAUAUUACUAGGUUUUGCUGAUGACGUAUUGGAUUUGAGAUGGCGCCAUAAACUAAUGUUACCCACGAUGGCCACACUACCUUUACUUAUGGUCUACUAUGUAAAUUACAAUUCAACCACAGUUAUAAUGCCGAAAUUUGUACGUUCCUUUGUGGGAGAAUCUUUAGAUAUAGGUGUCUUGUAUUAUAUUUAUAUGGGCAUGUUGGCGGUGUUCUGUACAAAUGCUAUUAAUAUAUUGGCCGGUAUAAAUGGUUUGGAGGUGGGUCAAUCUAUUAUCAUAGCUGGUUCUAUAUUGGUGUUCAAUGUCAUCGAAUUGUAUUUGGGCCAUCAAAUUGAUGGUCAUAAAUUUAGCAUUUAUUUAAUGCUGCCAUUCUUUGCAGUAUCUUUGGCUCUUUGGAAAUAUAACAAGUAAGUGGCAUUUUUAAUUGUUAUCAUU